AUGGGUGGUUUGAGGUGGAGCUGGGUGACUUCUUCGCCAAGGAAGGGGUUGAAGGGGAGCUGUUGGAGAUGUAUGUUGCUGAGGUGA